UAAUCAUCAUCAUCAUUUUGUUAAUCCAAGAAACGAAAAAAAAAUGUUGGCCAUUAAUGAUUAUAAAUUUUGGCAUUUAAUGUAUGGUAUAUUUCCAACAAAAAUCAUCGAUACAGUAUUUACAAUAAUAACAGCCAUACAACUUUAUCUACUUGGUGCACGUUAUGUAUUGAAAGAAAUACGAAGAAAAUUAUCAACAAAAGUACGAAAAUUAUCAUCAAAUGAACCGGAUAUACCGAACGAUUUAACAAAUCAUGUUGCCGUUGUGACAGGUGGUUCACGUGGUAUUGGUCUUUCAGCGGCUAAAGAUCUAUAUCGUCGUGGUUGUAUUGUAAUUGUUACAUCGUCAGCAUCAAGCCAAUUAGAAAGAGAUAAAAUGGCCGAAGAAGCAAGAGAAUCAGUACGGCCAACAAUCAAUGGUGGCAACAUAUUGGUAUGGCCAAUAGAUUUUCGUGAAAUGUCAAGUGUUUUUGAUUUUGUUGCACGGUUCAAUAAAGAAUAUGGUUAUCUUGAUAUAUUGAUCAAUAAUGCUGGCGUUAUGUUUGUUGAUAAAAAUUUCACCACCGAUGGUUUUGAAUAUCAUUAUCAAAUUAAUUAUCUUAGUCAUGUACUGCUUACAUGGUUAUUAUUACCGGCAUUGAAUAAAACGAAUAAAAAUGGUCCAGCACGUGUUGUAAAUGUAUCAUCAUCGACACAUUAUCCACGUUGUUUAUUCAUUGAUGAUCUACAAUCCCAGCAUACACCAUAUUCACCAUUCCAUGCAUAUGCACAAUCAAAAUUAUGUCAAAUUAUGUUCACAUAUUAUAUGGCCGAUUGGUUACGUACGGAUGUUGGUCAAUCAUAUCGUAUAUUGAUCAAUAGUUUACAUCCAGGUGUUGCAAUGACCGGUCUUUAUCAAUAUGUUUGGUGGGUACGAUUAUUUCCAUGGCUAGCAUCAUUCCUGUUUCGUACGGCCGAUGAAGGUGCCGAAACUGUCAUCUAUUGUGCAUUAUCAACCGAAAUUGAAUCCAGUGGCUAUUAUUAUGAAGAUUGUGCACGUUUACGUUCAUCGAAAUUUUCAUUGAACAAAAUUUAUCAAAAUCGUUUGGCCGAAUUAACACGUAAACAAUUGGCAAAAUUUAUUGAAAAUUAUAAUCAAACAUAUCCAGAAUUUAAAGUACCACAAAUAUUGGCCUAUUAAUCAUCAUUUUUGUUUGUAUGUAGCGAGAGCGAAAAACUAAAUUUUGAAAUGAAAUUCAUUUUUUUUUUUUUUUUGUCAAAUUUUACACCGCAAACUCU